UUUUCAAUUCACAUGUUAGUUUUGGGGUUAGAUUUUUUUAUUAAUAUUGUUAUUUUCUAGCAAGUAUUUAAAUGUAGCUGAAGAAACAUAUUACGAUUUUUCAUUAUUACGCAAAUUUAUAUUUCAUAACAAGAUGGUCAAAGUAAAAAACAAAUCGAGCAAAGCAGAUAACUUACGUGCUAAAAAGGUAGUGAAGAAGGUCCUAAACCCUUUUGAAGUGCACGUAAAUAAAGAAAAAAUACGAGUUCUCGGGCGAAAAUCUAAAAAUGACAAGGGCCUUCCGGGAAUUGCCAGAGCAAAGGCUAUUACUAAGAGAAAAAAUACAUUGGGUCAGGAGUUCAUUCGUCGCCAUAAAUCAAACAAAUUUGUGGAUCGAAGAAUAGGUGAACGCAAUGCAGCAAUGACUGCUGAAGAUCGAAUCACUGCUCGCUUUACUGCUGAACAACAAAAACUCCAUGGAAACAAGCAUAGUAUAUACAAUUUGGAAGAUACAUUGCUUACACAUAAUGGCCAAACCUUGCAAGAAAUUGAAAAAUUUGAUGAUCCUAGAUCAGAUGAUGAAUUUAGUGAUGAAGAAUCUGGUCGAAGGGGAACUGGCAGGCUCGAAGGAAACUUUGUAGCAGAGGCUCAUUUCGGUGGUGGUUUAUUUAGAAAUACUGGUGAAGAUGGAGGUAAAUCUAGAAAAGAUUUGAUUGAUCAAUUAAUUGUGGAAUCCAAAAAAAGGAAAUUAGAGAAACAGAAGGAAAGGGAAGCUACAAUAGAGAUGACAGAAAAAUUAGAUUCUGAGUGGAAAGAUUUGCUACCAUUAGUUAACCAGCAUAAAGGUUCUAAAUUACAAGAUCCACCUGAAAAAAAUAAUGAUGAUUAUGACAUGGCUGUAAGACUAUUAAAGUUCGAAGCUAGGGGAACGCCAGCGGAUAAGUUAAAAACAGAGGAUGAAAUUGCAAAAGAAGAUAAAGAAAAAUUAGAGCAGCUGGAACAAGAUCGUUUAGCAAGAAUGAAUAGUGGUACAACUGAAAGAAGUACACAAAGCAAACAUCGCUCUGCUGAUGAUUUGGAUGAUGGAUUCUUCCUUGAGCCUGAAUCAGAUUUUACUCUUCAAUAUGAUAAAGAUGGCAAUCUUAUAAAUGGUUCACGAAUAGCAGAAGAAAGUGAUAAAGUUGCUGAAGGGGUGAAUAACUCAGAUAUGGAAAGCGAUGAAGACAACGAUGAUAGUAGUGAUGAUGAAAGCGAGACAGAUUCUUUGAAUGAUUUAAAAGCUGAUGACUCUUCUGAUGAAAACGAAUCUCAAGUAGGAGAAAUAAAAGAGAAGGAUAAACAUGAAAUGGAUGAAGAAGAAACAAAUAGUGAAAAUGAUGACAUCAUGGAACAAGAAAGCCACAAUUGUGAAAAAAUGGACAAGGAUAACAAUAAAUCCAUAAUAGACAAUAUUGUGAGUGAAGACGACAAGAAUUCUGAGUGCCUUGUCUCUAAAUUAGAUUGUCAAAGUAGAAGUAAAGUAUGUUUCAAACCCAAUGAUCAACCCAGAGUCGAGACUAAAGACUUAGGUGGCGAAGUGAAUAUAGUGAAAACACAAAGUAUGGAUGAAAAUUCGAGAAAGAUUAAGAAUGAUUUAUUAAAGAGAAAAAAAAUUAUGGACGCAGCAGCCUCUGAAUUGCCAUACACAUUCAAAAUAGCUGAAAAUUAUGAAGAAUUGGAACAACUAUUAAGUAAUCAAUCACCAAUCCAUCAAGGAAUAAUAAUUGAGCGUAUGAUCAAAUGUAAUCAUCCAAGUCUAUCUGAGGGCAACAAGGAAAAAUUGGGAACCCUUUUAGCAUAUCUGCUGCAAUAUAUAAAUGAUUUAUUUUCGAAUGUUGAUGAAUCAAUAAAGAAAAACUUCUUCACUUUAGAUCGAUUGACACCAUAUAUCUAUGAUUUGUGCCAAAUGAAUCCUGGAAAUGCGUAUACAUGUUUUAUGGAAGUCAUUAAAGAGAAACAAAAAGAUUUCAGGAAAAAUAAAAGUUCCUAUCCGGAAUUGGAUACACUUAUAUUUUUUAAACUUAUAUCUGUAUUAUUUCCCACAUCAGAUUUUAGGCAUCAAAUUGUUACACCUGCUUUAACAUUCAUGUCUCAAAUAUUGUCUAGAUGCAAAGUGAAAAGCAAAAAGGAUAUUACUUCAGGACUUUUCGUGGUUACAUUGUUAUUAGAGUACACGGUCUUGUCAAAACGUUUCUUACCAGCAGCUUUGAACUUCAUUGGUGGUAUAAUACAUAUGGCUGUGCCCAAAAAAUCAAUACAAAUAGUAAAAGCUCUGCCGCCUUUUAAAUCUCAUGGAUCUUUUAGUACUUUACUUGUUGUGGAAGAAAUGAUAGACAAUACCUCUGAAUUAGGUCAAGAUACCAAACUCUCAUCGAUGGACUUUAUUGAUGGAGAAAUUGAUACAGAUUUUAAAAAACGUGUAUUUCAUAAUGCACUCAAGUUUUUAAAUGAAUUCUGUGAUAAUAUAAGUAACUUAGAAGCUGCCGAUGUGCUUUUUGAAUAUCACAUGAGAUUAUUGCCACUUGUACAUAUCGAAAAUUAUCCUGAGACAAUUAAGAAGCAGUAUGAAAGCAGCACUAAAUCCCUGAAAAAAUGCCAAGAGCAGAUGAAGGUGUAUAUGCAAUUAGAAAAAUCAAGGCCAAAGGCAUUGAGGCUCUAUGAACCAAAUAUUGAAAAGAUAAUUUAUGAUGGAAAGAGACAUAGGCCAAUGUCUAAAGAGAAGGCAGAACAUGAAAAAUUAUUGCAUAAAUACAAAAAAGAAAUGAAAGGUGCUUUAAGAGAAAUAAGACGAGAUAAAUCAUACAUAGCAAAUAUGCAUAUCAAGAAACAAAUGGCAAGUGAUAUGGAGCGUAAGGAGAAAGUUAAACGAAUAUAUGCAGAAGCAGCUUUGCAGCAAGGAGAAUUGAAUGCUUUAAAAAGAAAGAAAUGAUUUUUUUAAAGAAUGACUUACAAAUUUGAC